AUGAAGCGACCUACCACCCAGAACGCCAUUGCCCUUGGCGGCUUCCUCGGCCUCGUCCAAGGAAGUUCCCCCCAACGCCCCAUGGUAAUUGUUGAGCAUCAGUUGAUUGACUUGGUCUGCUCGGGAUACACCUCCACUACUACCGGAUUCAGGACCUAUACGUCUUAUCCCGGUGACGUCGGUCCCACUGAUGGAAGUAUCAAAUUCGUCCAAUCCGGUUCGGUUGCGGGGACAUCUACUGUCCUCCCGCCGGCCGACUGCGGCUCUGCCUGUGUAACUUCCAUUCACGUGGUUGAAACGGGUACUCCCUCGGGAACCAAACCUUCUGAUGACUCGAACUCUGGAACCAACCCUUCGGAUGACUCGAACUCUGGAACUGACCCUUCUGAUGACUUGAACUCUGGAACUGACACUUCUGGUGGCCUGGACUCUGGAAUCAACCCUUUGAAUGGCUUGAACUCUGGAUCAACUCCUAAGAAUGGCUUGAACACGGGCUUGAACACGGGCUCGAACUCGGGCUUGAACACGGGCUUGAACUCGGGCUUGAACACGGGCUCGAACUCGGGCUUGAACACGGGCUCGAACUCGGGCUUGAACACAGGCUUGAACACGGGCUCGAACACAGGCUCGAACAUGACUCCGACUGGAAAGAACGCGGCCUCGAUCACACCAUCUGGCGUUACUACAUCGUCCGUCACCGGACCUGUCGCCGGAACAUCAACCAUUGCGAAUCUCUGCACCGCUAAUCCUUGCUUGACGACACUGGUUGUUACUGCUACACCGACUGGAAAGGCCUCGAUCACGCCAUCUGGUGUGACCACAUCGUCCGUCACCGGACCUGUUGCCGGCACGUCGACCAUUGCGAAUCUCUGCACUGCUGAUCCUUGCUUGACGACGCUGGUCGUUACUGCUACGCCGACUGGAAAGGCCUCGAUCACGCCAUCUGGUGUGACCACAUCGUCCGUCACCGGACCUGUUGCCGGCACGUCGACCAUUGCGAAUCUCUGCACUGCUGAUCCUUGCUUGACGACGCUGGUCGUUACUGCUACGCCGACUGGAAAGGCCUCGAUCACGCCAUCUGGUGUGACCACAUCGUCCGUCACCGGACCUGUUGCCGGCACGUCGACCAUUGCGAAUCUCUGCACUGCUGAUCCUUGUUUGACGACGCUGGUUGUUACCGCUACACCAACAGGAAAGAACUCGGCCAUGAUCACACCAUCCGGUGUGACCACAUCGUCCGUCACCGGACCUGUUGCCGGCACGUCGACCAUCGCUAACCUCUGCACUGCUGAUCCUUGCUUGACGACGCUGGUUGUAACUGCUACGCCGACAUCGACGCCGGCUUCUUCUUCGUCGUCCUCUUCUUCGGCGCCUGUGGAUCCUGUUAAUACGGAACCCCCGAAGCCCCUUGACUGCUCCGUUUCUGGAUACCUCGUGAAGAAUGCAGACGGACACGGCGCCAAUUCAAUGUAUGGUGUCUCUUUGGGGUCUGGGAAGACAGUUCUCAUCAACAAGAACAUUUGCCCGACCGCCAAGAACAUCAACGCUUGGGGAUACAACGUCAUCGAUAACUUCCUUUACGGACGGGCCAUCCCCGUUGGCGGAUCGGCUCUCCCGCGACUGGUUCGCAUCGGCGCUGGAGGCUCGUGCGAAAUGCUCAAUGAUACGCUGCCCUUCGACACUGUCAUCGGCGACAUCACCCCCGAUGGUCACUACUACACAUUCAGCAACCCCAACUGGGCCGACGUGGACCUUUCGAACAGCAAGGGUGCUCGUUUCGGAAAGGUUGUCCAAACUGGAAAGGCCGCGCUCAGCAGCAUUGGCGAUUUCGGCUUCGCUGACUGGGCCUACGUUCCGAACAGUGGCAACUACCUGUGGGCUUUUGCUGCUACACCUGCUGCGACGCAAGCAUCGACCUGGUUGAUCAAGUGGGAUUACGUCAAUCACACGUGGAGCAAGGUUCGCGCCUUGGGCAAGAUGAGCAGCAACCAGUGGGGAUCGAUCUACGCUACCGAGGACGGAUAUCUCUACGGCUCCGAGAACAAAUCUGGCGAUAUUUGGAGGGUCAAGGUCAACAGCGACCUGCCAGCCCAAAGGGUUGGGCCCGGCCCGGCCGCUUCGUUGAACGAUGGCGCCAGAUGUGUCAAUGCUCUGAACCCUAUUGUGGGCGCUACUCAGUAA